AUGGCAAAUAAUAUAGUUAUUGAUAUUCCACCAGAAUUAAUCCAAUAUGGUAAAACAUUAUUAAUUGAAAAACAUUCAGAAUUAUUUCUUGAUGGUUAUCAUUUAUCUAAACCAUCAGUUUUUGUUCGACAAGUUCAUGGAUUAUGUUUAGUUGAUAGUCAACAACAAGAUCAUAGAUCAGUUACUCCUACUCAUCUAUUAGAAUCGACUCUUGAUGAUGAACAACUUGUUCAAAUAAUAAUUGAAUUUCCUCCUGAAUGUUUGAAUAUUGGAAAAAGUGUUAUAAUAGAAAAAAGUAAUUCAAAUGAAGGAAAACAACCAUUAGGAAAUUUUAAAGAUCUUUAUAAUGAACAUCAAUCAAAUAAAUCUUCGGAAAGUAAAGAUAUUCAUAUACAAAUUCCAAAACAAUGUAUUGAAAGAGGAAAUAUGAUUGUUAUUCAUAAAGAAAAAGUCUUUUCAAUAAAAGCGAAUGAUUAUUUAAAACAACAAUCAGGUCAUUUUAUAAAUAAUCAAUUUGCUAAAAGAGAUCAUCUUCAAUCAAAAAAUUUGAUGGAAAUGACAAUUGAAAUUCCACCAGAAUUUCUUCUCAAUGGUCAAACAAUUACAUUUCGAAAAGAAGAUGCACAAUCUGUUGCUGCAAAUUUUCCUUAUCGUCGUCAUUCGAGAACUGAUGCACCAGCAACAAAUAAUAAUAAUCUUCAAAAGAUUUCAAUGGAAGAAUUUCUUUUAGAUAAAAUAUGGAAUCCACUUCUAUUAGAAAAUGGACAUUUAUUACAAUUAUCUCUCGAUUUUACUAAUCGAUCAGAUAUACAUAGUAAAGAUCAAUUAAAAAUAGUACACAAUGGACACAAUUUACAUGUAGAAAUAAAUAAUCAACAAGGUUCGAGUAUAUUUAAACAGGUUCUUUUACCAGAACAAGUUAAAUUAGAUCAAUUAAAAUCUCAUUUUGAUGGACAACAUCAUUGUCUUGUUAUAACACUUCCUGUUCAAUGA